AUGCCAACGAUGAAAGAUUGCAAAAAAGUGUUUCCGGUUCAGUUACCUGGUGGUUAUUCUGCUUAUGUUUUAUGUCAAAUUAAACAAGCAGAAACAUAUGAUUCAGUGAAAUGUGAUGAAGUGUAUAAUCAAGUCUUGUUAUGUAGUCAUAAAUGUACGGGUACAUGUGAUUUAUGUCAAUGUGGUCAGUUGCAUUUACAAUGCAAAGAAACAAUUGACAAAAUAUUACUUUGUGGUCAUAUGGGUAACUGA